CAGCCAGUGCGUAUGUAUGUGCCUGUGUGGGGUCGUCCUCUUGGAAUGAGAAUCUUCUUCUUUAUCAAUGGCCUGGAAUCAUAAAAGACUGUGAAUCAGACUGUGUCUACAACUACCGAAUUUGGAGAGAAAAAGACAGUCUACAACUCCUGACUUUGGAGAUAAAAAGGUUGUGGAGGUAAUACCAGAGUCAGGCUACUUGGAGUUUGGCGGCCGAAGGGGGAUAUUACAAAGACAAGGUACAGGGGACAAAGCUCUUGAAAGCAAAGCUUUUUGUCUACUUCACAUGAUGCUCUCAUGAUUCUGCCUCUCGGACGGUUUUUCUUGGCGUACUUCAGGAAAAAUGAGAAGAACAUUUGUUGGCUAUUUCUCCUGUCUCCGAGAUUCUUGUUGACGAUGUUUCACCAAUUUGAACAGCGUAGUGCUUGAACCAGGAAGAAUGGAGACCGGAAGUUAUCCCAUAACUCCUUUCAUUCUAUAUUGUAGCUAGCUUUAUAUCAGUUUUGGAACCACAAACUUCUAAAAUUCAGAGAAAUAGAGUCUACAAAGAGGUGGGGUUUUGAAGAAGGAUCAAUCAUAAUGGAAGAUGAUGUUUCAUCACCCGGUACCAUGCUAGGUGCUCGUGCUGAUUUAGCAAUGGAUCUGGAUUUCAUGGAUGAUCUCCUUUUCGAUGGAUGCUGGUUGGAAGCGAUGGAUGGAUCCGAAUUCCUUCAUCAGAAUCCCUCUACGUCUGGUGCCCAACUAGACCCUUCAUUGGAAUGGCCUGAUUUGAAGGCUAAUGACAACUGGAGAUCGAAUCCAUCUCAAACGGGCAAUGAAGAGGAGAUACAGAGACCAUUACCUGAUGAAUCACAGGAAAGAAGUUUAGUCAGUGCCGCAUCUCUUGGACAGGACAUGAUUAAUGUUGCCAGGUGUUCUAGUGAAUCAAAAAAUAAUGUAAUUGAAGGUUCUGAACUACGCACAAGGUGGUGGAUUGCACCCAGCGGAAAUCCUGGUUGUGCUAAUUCUGUAACACACAGAUUAGUUAACGCUAUUGGGUACCUCAGAGAAUUCACGAGAGAUAAAGGUGUUCUUAUACAGAUAUGGGUGCCUGUCAAUAGAGGGAAUGGGCGUGUUCUAACUACUAGUAAUCAACCUUUCUCGCUUGAUUCCAGCUGUCCAAGGCUUGCAAGAUACCGAGACAUCUCUAGGAAGUUUCAAUUCUCUGCUGAGGAGGACUCUAGGGAGUUGGUGGGGUUGCCUGGAAGGGUUUUCUUGGAUAAGGUUCCUGAGUGGACUCCUGAUGUCCGAUUCUUUAGAAGUGAUGAGUACCCAAGAGUUGGUCAUGCUCAACAUUAUAAUAUUUGUGGAACCCUUGCUCUUCCAAUCUUUGAACAAGGUAGUAGGACUUGCUUCGGUGUUAUUGAGGUUGUGAUGACUACCCAGCAGAUCAAGUAUUUCCCUGAGGUUGAAAGCGUUCGCAAGGCACUUGAGGCUGUUGAUCUUAGGAGUUCUGAUGCUUUGAGCACUGAUAAUGUAAAGGCAUGCAACAUGGCCUACCUAGCUGCAUUACCUGAGAUUAAAGAGGUUUUGAGAUCUGCUUGUGAGACACAUGGAUUGCCCUUGGCUCAAACUUGGGUUCCAUGCAUUCAACAAGGCAAAGCGGGGUGCCGACACUCUGAUGAUAACUAUGUCAAUUGUGUCUCCACUGUAGAUCAUGCUUGCGUUGUUGCCGACCCCAAUAUGCAGGGUUUUCAUGAGGCUUGCUCUGAGCAUCAUUUGUUAAAGGGUCAAGGCAUUGUUGGGAGAGCAUUCAGGACGAAUCAACCAUGCUUCUCAGCAGAUAUAACAUCCUUUGGCAAGACCGAGUACCCUCUGUCUCACCAUGCAAGGGUGUUUGGAUUGUGUGCUGCUGUUGCAAUACACCUGCGCAGCAUCCACACUGGUACAGUUGACUUUGUCCUGGAGUUCUUCUUACCCGUGAAUUGCACAGAUUCUGUGGAGCAGAAGAAGAUGCUUAGUUCACUGUCCAUUAUUGUACAACAUGUUUGCCGAAGUUUACGGAUUGUAACAGACAAGGAGCUAGAGGAGGAUACUAAUUUGUCAGUUAAUGAAAAACCUAGGAGGGAGGAGAUGUUAUAUGAUGAGAAAUCCGCAGAGCUUUGGCAACAUCGACAAGAUUCUAAGCUGGAAAGAAAUAUUGAGUUUGGUGAAGAGUGUUCUGCAUAUGAUGAGGGUAUCUUCCCAAGUGUAGGCAUGAGUAAAGCAGGAGAGAAAAGACGUUCCAGGGUCGAGAAGACUAUCACCAUGGAAGUUCUUAGGCAAUAUUUUGCUGGCAGUCUGAAAGAUGCGGCAAAGAAUAUUGGAGUUUGUUCGACGACUUUGAAAAGAAUCUGCAGACAAAACGGGAUUAAACGAUGGCCUUCUCGACAAAUUAAGAAGGUUGGUCACUCCUUACAGAAAAUCCAACUUGUAAUCGACUCAGUCCAUGGUACAUCUGGUGCUUUUGAAAUAAAUUCCUUCUACACAAACUUCCCAGAGCUAACCUCUCCAAAAUUAUCGGGAACCGGCCCACUUUCGGCUAGAAAACUCAGUGAGUAUACGCAGCCAUCAUCAAGCAUGCAGCCUGAGGGUGAGCUUUUCAGUCCUCAAGCUGCUGCGCCGAAAUCAACCUCCUCUUCAUGCAGUCAGGCUUCGACCUCAAGUCAUAGUUGUUCUAGUGGGACACAUCAACAUCCUCCCACGUGGAACAUUGCUCAUUUCGAAGAUGCAAUAAUUGGAGAAAAUCGUCAUCAGGAUGUGCUAAGUGGGAUCAGCGGUGCAGCAGAGAUCCAGGCCCCAAGUCAAGGACCAAAGCUCCUGCCAAAAUCCCAGAGCCAUCAAUCUAAUGCUGAGAACCUUGUACCCUCACUGAAAGAUAGUGGUCAUGUAGCUCAAGAAUGGUAUGCUCAGAAAGUAAAAGUCACAUAUGGAGAUGAGAGAGUCCGAUUUCGGGUGCAAAACAAUUGGAAGUACACAGACUUACUUCUAGAGAUUGCCAGGCGAUUCUAUAUAGAUGACAUGAGUAGAUUUAAUCUCAAGUACUUGGAUGAUGAUGCCGAGUGGAUCUUAUUAACAUGCGACGCGGAUUGGGAGGAGUGUAUCAAUGUCUGCCAAUCAUCACAGAGCCACACUAUCAAGCUCUCCCUCCAAGUUUCUCGUCAUCAAUUAGGAAGUCUUUAGACAGCAGUGGUUCAAGUUCAAAAUGGAAGUUUCACAUCAUCAUUUGGGAAAGUCUUUAUUAGGCUUGAGUAAUCAUUCUUCGUUGGAAAAUGAUCAUCAAGCCUUGCCUGCUUUGAGAUUUACUCCUUGUCUUCGAAUGAAUAUCUCCAGAGAUUCUUCAAGUUCACAAAGGAUUCAAAUCAUUCCAGUAAUUUUUGUCUGGAGUUGUAAUCUAUAAGGGGUGGUUGAAAGCAGAGAAUCUUGCUCGUGGGCCACAAUAGCUACGGAAUCUUUAUAUAAUAUGUCAAAAAAUUAGGGUUUCUCCUCAAUAAGUGUAGCUUGUAAAUUCUCUAUAACUUUUUGUAUAUUUUAAGGCAAUAUUGUUUUUCAAUCUAAGACUGAAAAUGAAAGGUCUUAUUCAGAGACGUAUAUGGAUGGAUAUAGCAA